AUGACAACAAAGCGACGAAAUCACGGACGUAAUAAAAAAGGUCGUGGACAUGUAAGACCCAUUCGCUGCACAAAUUGUGGUCGUUGUGCACCAAAAGAUAAAGCUAUCAAGAAAUUUGUUGUUCGCAAUAUUGUAGAAGCAGCUGCCGUUCGAGAUAUUUCUGAUGCAUCUGCUUAUGACUCGUAUGCAUUGCCAAAAUUAUAUCACAAGCUGCAUUAUUGUGUAUCCUGUGCAAUUCACAGUAAAGUAGUGCGCAAUCGUUCACGUGAAGCACGCAAGGACCGUAACCCACCUCCACGUUUUGGUCAGCGUGGCGGCAUUGUCGGAGACCGUUUCCAGCGGCCAGGUGCUCCAAGUCGGCAAUGA